AAAAUACUGCAUUGGAUAUAAGCAGUAUAUGAAAUUAAAAUAUCUUGUAAAUGUGGGUGUAGUAAAAGCAAUCAGCAGAAACUACUGAUGUAGGGAAUCACUGAUAUAAGAGUAAAAUCCCAGCUAUCAGAUUGACAUGCCUUAAUAUAGAAACAUAAUUUAAUUAAUCUCUGUGUAGCAACAGAACCAAACGUAAGUGUUAGGGAAGUUCCAACAAAUGUACAAGUUACUAGAGAGAGAUAGUACUCUAGAGUUUUUGAAAAUGUAUGUUUGAAUGGGUCAGUCUCUUCAAUAUCUCAAUGGGAUUAUAUUACAGGGUGUGGUAGUGAGUGGACAUUGACUACUUGCCAUCGAGAAUCAGACUCCUUUAUAAGAGAUCAAGCCACUCAAAAUGGAAAUAGAAAGCUCUGCGCUUGAAAUGAGGUUUCGCUUUCCACAAUAGCCAAAGGCUGACCAAGAGUGUAGCUCAAAACCAAAAAAGCCCAGAACUGUGUUUGAAAGUAUCUUGAUCUGGAUUGUCAAGGCAUUACCAGGAGCCUGACACAUUUCCAACCUGCUCUCUCUGUCAUUUUAGGGGAGAAAUGACCAACAGCAGCAGGGAAUGUGAUUUUACAGCCGUCGACAGCUUGGCAAAGACUCUGCAGCUGGGGAUUUCCAUCCCCACCUUCAUUCUUGGGCUGGUUCUCAAUGCCCUGGCCCUCUCUGUGUUCUGCUGCUUUUGGAAGAAACAGACCAAAACCUCAGUUUACAUGAUCAAUCUCGCACUUGCGGAUGUCCUGCUGCUUCUGUCGCUCCCACUGAAGUUGUACUACUCUGUCACAGAAGCACCUGGGCUCCUGUGCUCGUUCAUACAGGCUCUUUACUUCGUCAACACGUAUGUCAGCAUCUUCAUCAUUGUCUGCAUCACUGUUGACAGAUACAUCUGCAUAAGGCAUCCCUUUGAAGGUCGAGCUAACCAAUCCCCCACAUGGGCUGUCUUGAUUUGCUGUGUUGUCUGGGCAGUGGCUUGGAUUUGCAGCAGCCCAAUGUAUGUGUUUCACAGGAAAGAUCCUUUCACGUGCUUUCACAACAUGUCAGAAAAGGCGUGGAGUGUCCCACUCAUUGUUUCUGUGGAAAUAUUUGGAUUUUUGAUCCCACUUGCAGUGAUGGUUUUCUGCUCUGCUCAAAACAUCUGGAUUCUUCUGAAUCACAAAAGCCAAGCCAAAAAGAAGGUAGAAGGCAGUGGCUCCCUGCGAGUAAUUAUCGCCAACCUUGUGGUGUUUUUGGUGUGCUUCACACCCGUUCACCUGGCGAUCUGCCUCCAGUGCCUGGUGAGACAGCACGUGAUAGUGGACUGCAGCCUGAAACAAACCAUCAGCCUCUUCAUUCAAGUAUCUAUGAUAUUUGCCAACCUGAACUGCUGCCUGGAUGCCAUCUUCUACUAUUUUGCUGCAAAAGAAUUUCGUGAGAAAACACACCUGAAAAAAGUUAUUGAGGCAUGUCGUGUCUUUAAGCCUUGUGCCACGUGAUGGGACUGCCAGCAGUGGAAGAACCUUUUCCUUGGCUCCCCCUUGCCUCACAGGACACCGACAGCUUUAUCCCUGACACUGCAGGAGGGUCACCAUGGUCAUGGCAGGGAGGGUGCCAGAGGGAGAAGGACAAUGUUUUUCCAGUGAAUGUGAACCCGUGCCAUAUUUUCCUUCCUUUUAAAGAUGAAGAAGAAAACUACUGGAAAAAGGAACCAGCAUUAGCAAAGUGACAGAGUGACACCAAAAGAAGCAUUAGCCUUGACAGUAUCUAUUAAAUGUGAAAGGCUUGCCAGAGGAAAACUACCCAGAUCUUGGGAAUAGCACUUAAAAUCAGGUUUGUCAUAGCUGCACCAGUUUUCCUUUUGCCAAUGUGAUCAGAAAGUUGUUGUCAGAGGCAAAUACCGAAACAAGAAUUCAAAACCUUCUUUCUAAUUUAGAAGGUAUCUGGCAGUUAAAAGGCAGUAUCCAGCCAAAAGUCUGACUCUGCUCUUUCCUUCUGUACAGCCUACAGAAGGCCACUGUUGGAGCUCAGUCCUUUGGACAGCUUGGCCACCCUGGGAUAACAGUGAAUCCUCCCCCUGUAAGCAUUAUACACUGGUCAGGGCUGCUACGUGGGGCAGCAGCCCCUACUCUUCCAUGGAGGACAUGCUACCCAGUGUGGAACCCCCAUGGACUACAUUUGGUACCAGCAAUUCCUGAGCAACAAACAUUUAUGAUUACCUUUCCUGAGGAAUCAUCACAGUUUUCCCUUGCAAUUUUAAAACUGGUUUUGCAUGUGAAAAACCAAAAGGACCCCUUCAAAUAUGGCAUUUAGUGAAAGACUGAAUGUGAUUAACUGUGUUUCUACAUCACUGUAUUUCUAUC